AUGCGAAAUGAGGAUGCCUCGGUGAAAUCCGUUUUGAAUACAUUUUCGGAUGCGGCUGAUAAGUGUACGGGUAUUGGAACGUUUGCGAUGGUCGAUUGCAGCGCGGAUAAAGAGAGUAAAAAACUAUGUAAAAAGUUGAAAAUUGAACCAAAUCCAUAUACUCUACGUCAUUAUCACAAUGGUGAAUAUCGAAAGGAAUACGACAGACAACUAACAUCGAAAAGUAUCACUCGAUUCAUGAACGAUCCAACCGGUGACAUUCCGUGGGAUGAGGAUCCGAGCUCAGCGAAUGUUGUCCACAUUGAAAAUCGUAAAGCGUUCACAAAGUUGUUGGCCAUGAAAAGGCCUACGUUGGUGAUGUUUUAUGCACCGUGGUGUGGUCAUUGUAAGCGGCUAAAACCUGAAUAUUGUGAAGCAGCAAAUGAACUGAACGGUAAAUUCAUACUGGCUGCAGUGGAUGCGACACAGUCCAGCAAUGAAUACGUCGUUCAAAAGUUCAAUGUGGAGGGCUAUCCUACGCUGCAUUAUUUCGAGAAUGGUCAACAUAAAUUCCGUUUCACUGGUCUAAAUACCAAGGAGGGUAUUAUGGCUUGGUUGAAAAAUCCAACAGAAAAACCGCUGAUGGAAGAGAAAAAAACCGAGGAAAAACCGUGGUCGGAGAUACCAUCUGAAGUCGUUCAUUUGGAUGAUGAAAAAUUCGAUGCAUUCAUGGCAUCUCAUUCCAGUGUCUUGGUCAUGUUCUAUGCCCCAUGGUGUGGUCAUUGCAACAAAGCAAAACCAGAGUAUAUGGCAGCUGCAGAAAUGCUCAAAAAGGAUAAAAUCGAUGGCGUACUAGCAGCUGUUGAUGCAACAGUGCACAGGAAAGCUGCAGAAAAAGUUGGCGUAGAAGGAUUUCCAACGUUCGCAUAUUACAAAAAAGGAAAAUACAGUUGGAAAGUCAACGAACGUACUAAAGAUGGAUUUUAUAAAUUUAUGAAAAACCCCGUUGAACCACCAUCUGAGGAUUCAGGCUGGAGUGCUGAAGACAGUAGUGUGCUUCAUCUAGUUGGUGAUAAUUUUAAAUCAGAGCUGAAAAAGAAAAGGGAUGCUUUGGUGAUGUUCUACGCACCGUGUGAGAGACAAUUUAUAUGUUCUUUUCAUUUGCCCGUUAUUUUUUCGUUUUCCAACAUUUAUAAGUUUGCAUUUUACUGUAAACGAACCAAACCAUUCUACUGGGAAGCGGCACGACAGUUGUCUGAUGAGAGUCGUAUUGCAUUGGCGGCUGUUGAUUGUAGCGUUGAAACAUCAUUAUGUAGUGAUUUCGGUAUAAAGGGUUUCCCAACCAUUAUUUAUCUAUCUUACGGUAAGAAUCGACUUGAUUACCACGGCAGAUAUGAUAACGCCCAGGCGUUCGUUGAUUUCGUUAAGCAGGCUGGACAUAAGGACUAUUCGUGGGUUUAUCUUAGCAAUUUGCAGUUUUUUAUUCUUGAACUGACUGCUGUUUAUUUACUUCAUUCUUAUUUUAAACAUUGCUUCUAA